UGUGAAAUUGAUUUAUUGCUUUAUAAAGAAAUUGUGAGAUAAGAAAGCGGAGUGAAAUUGCACUUGUUAUAUUUAAUUUAUUGGCCAUAACAUAAAAAGGAUAAGUACAAUGGCCAACUCCAAACGAAAUAUGCCUACGAUAUCUAGUGCCACAGAGAUUUCCAAUGCGGAAAAAGAUAUUCCCAGCACAGCAGUGAAACCUCCCACAGAAGAUGAUUCAACUAAACACUCCUCCCUCCUGAGUUACUUUUUUAGAGAUUGCCUAGGUCAUGAGCUGAGCAACUUCUCCAGUUUGUCCCACUUUGCUAGCUGGCUACAGAGACCCGUGGAUGGAUCCGCCUUGGGAAUCUUCCGGUUGCUCUAUGGCGCAGCCAUGCUGAUUGACAUCGCAGAGGAACGUGGCGGUGGGCAGAUGGAUGUGCGGUUUGGAGAACCACUGCACUGCCAUUUCCCACUUUUUAAUGGGAUGCGGGCAUUGGCCUAUCCGCUGAUGGGUUGUGUCUACCUGUGCAUGUGGCUGGGUGCUUGGGGCAUUAUGCUGGGCUAUCGAUUCAGGAUCAGCUGCCUGGCCUUCCUGGUGCCCUAUUGGUACAUCUUCCUGCUGGACAAGCCGACGUGGAACAACCACAGCUAUCUGUUCGGUCUGGUGGGAAUAUUGCUGUUCUUCACCCAGGCGCAAUGCUACUGCUCGCUGGACAAUUGGCUAUAUCCCCGGAGAAGUCGCUGUAUUCCCUAUUGGAACUACUUUAUUAUCAAAUUUCAAUUUUUUGUGCUGUACAUGUAUGCUGGUCUUAAAAAGUUCUCUCUAGAGUGGCUAUCGGGUUAUGCGAUGUCCAAUCUCAGCCAUCACUGGGUCUUCGCUCCAUUCCGCCAAGUGAUUGAUCCCGAUCUGAUUGACCUUCUAAUUGUGCACUGGUUCACCGCCUUUUUUGACCUGUCCAUCGCCUUCUUCAUGACCAUUGAGAAGACGCGCCUUCUGGUCACUCCUUUCAUGCUCAGCUUUCAUCUAAUGAACUCUCGACUGUUUGUUAUAGGCAUGUUUCCCUGGGUGUGUCUGGCGGAAGUGCCGCUUUUCUUCAGCUCCGACUGGCCCAGGAGGAUAAGUGGUGGGCCAAAGACAUCGCUUCCUCAACCACCAGAUGCGUCGAAGGAGGUGCCCAAGAUGGGAAUCCUGGCCAGAGUUCGCACUUGCCUUAUCCUCGGCUACUGUGGACUGCAGCUCUUCCUGCCCUACUCGCACUUCAUCACCAAGGGCUAUAACAACUGGACGAAUGGCCUGUACGGCUACUCCUGGGACAUGAUGGUGCACUCGUACGAUACGCUGCAGACCUCAAUCCAGGUGGUGGAGAAUGAGAGCGGCCGGGUGCACAACUUAAAUCCGUAUGCUUUCACGGAAUACGAUCGUUGGACAAAGUACGCUGACAUGGCUGUGCAGUAUGCCAGAUGCAUAGAGGAAAAUAUCCGGGUGUCUCAACCAGAGAUGGCCAAGAACAUCUCCAUCUACUUUGACAUCUGGUGCUCCAUGAACGGUCGCUUCCAGCAGCGCUCCUUCGAUCCGCGUGUGGAUCUGCUCCGGGCCAAGUGGUCACCCUUUGAGAGCACCUCCUGGUCACUGCCGCUGCUCAAUGAGUUGAACCAUAUGCGUCCCAAGCUGCGAACCAUUGAGACAGAGGUGCUGGCCUGGAACAACUACUCCGACGUGAUCUUUGUGGCUGAUUUCCCCGGACUUACGCUUACGAACUUUAUCUCACCGGACCUCAUCAAUUGCACUUUAACCAUCCUGGAGGGCAAUGUGCGGUACAGGAACGAAAGGGAUCUGGAGCCCUACUUCCUGACCGCCGGCAAGAGCAUCGGCCUCGAGAGCAACAUCACCCAUUUGGUGACCACCAUUGGGCAGAAACCAGCCUCCUAUCUUUUUACGUAUACAAACAAAACGAUGCUGGAGCAGGGCAUCACGAUAGAUGCCGAUAAGCUGGAGGAAACGGAGAAGCGUUCCAUACUGCCACUGUGGCAGGAGUUCCAGCAUCGAGUGACCAACUACCAACAGUUUCUGGGCCACAUUGGCAACUGUCUGCUGUACUUGAUCUACGGAGUACCCAUUCCGCUGGCAGCGCGGGAGAGAGAUUGA